AUGUCGAAGGAUUGCCGAAGCAGUCUCCGCCCUCUAUCGAGAUACAUUACCACUCAUGAUGCAACUGGAAAAUCGCAUAUUUGUGACAAUAUUCCAGAUAAGGCUCCCGUUCGUCUUAUCAGGGGCGGCGAAAUGGAGUUUAGCCUCAUGUACAUAACUCCUACUUUCCCGGUGGCCAUGGCCAACGAUCAAGACAUCAUCGCCUACCAGGGCUACCUAGCCAAUGCACCAGGUAUCACCAUUCCAGGAGGAACAGUUUGCCGUACGGUAGACUUUCCUCCUGGAUACACAUCGCCAAUGCACAGGACUAAAUCUUGUGACUUUGGUAUUGUCAUUGAAGGAGAGGUGGAACUGGUGCUGGACUCCGAGACCAAGGUGCUGAGGAGGGGCGAUGUGGCCGUGCAGCGUGGGACCAAUCAUGCGUGGCACAAUAAGAGCAAAGUUAAUUGGGCCAGGAUGCUUUAUGUGCUGCAGGCUGCCAAUAGCAUAGUUAUUGGAGGGCAGGAACUGAAGGAAGACCAGGGAGGGAUUCAUUAG